AUGAUAUAAUCGUUUGGAAAUACACACGCUGUAAAUGGAAUUUCAUUAAAUUUAUAUGAAAAUUAAAUUUUGUGUUUACUUGGGCAUAAUGGUGCUGGAAAAACUACUACCAUUUCCCUUCUUACUGGCUUAAUUUAAAAAACUGAAGGUAAAAUUUCUUAUUUCGAAAAUGAUCUUGAAGAAAAUUUAGAUUAAAUUCGAUAAAAUAUAGGGUUAUGCACUCAAAAAGAUGUUCUUUAUGAUGAUUUAACGAUUGAAGAACAUUUAGAAUUUAUUGCAAGAAUAAAAGGUAUUUAAUGUGGUAAAAAAAUAAAGGAAGAUGUUGAAAAAAUAAUAGUAUUGGUAACAUUAUAAGAUGAAAGAAAAAAAUUGGCUAAAAACCUUAGUGGAGGAAAUAAAAGGAAACUUAGUUUAGGAAUGGCUCUUAUUGGAGGUUCUCGUAUAAUUUUUUUGGAUGAACCAACGUCUGGAAUGGACACCAUGUCUAGAAUUAAUAUUUGGAAAAUUUUAGAAAAAAUUUAAAAUAGGACUAUUGUAUUAACCACUCAUCAUCUAGAAGAAGCUGAAAAACUUGCUCAUAGAAUUGCCAUUAUGAAUUUUGGAAAAUUACUGAUUUUAGGCUCAUCGGAAUACAUAAAAUAGAAAUUUGGUGUAGGUUAUAAUUGUUUAGUUUAAAUCAAUUCUUAAAAAAAAUACUGA